AUGUCAUUUUGGAAGGUGGCGACCCUUUGGCAGAUGCCACUGCGUCCAUCGAUACUGGUGCAGGUGCGUACAGCCACCAAGCGUGCAGCGGGCUCGCGGACGUCCAUGAAAGACUCUGCCGGGCGGCGAUUGGGGCCCAAGAAGACCGAGGGACAGAGAGUAGAGGUCGGCCAGAUCAUCAUGCGGCAGCGGGGCACGCGGUUCUACCCGGGCGAGAACGUGGGGAUCGGCAAGGACCACACACUGUUUGCGCUGGAGCCGGGCUGGGUGAGGUACUACCUGGACCCGUUCCACACGGGCCGCAAGUUUGUUGGCGUGGCGCUGUACCAGGACAUGCGCCUUCCAAUAGAGCACUUUGCGCCGCGGGUGCGGCGGUUUGGGCGGCAAUUGCUGUCGGGCAAGGAGGCGGAGACGGAAGAACAGGCGCUGCCGCGCAGUGUGUUUCUGGCGAAGGAGAAGAUCCUGGAGCGUGCACAGCAGCGCGCAGACGCGCGUGAGCAGCGCCGGGCCGAGUUUGGCCACAUUCUGCGCGAGGAGCUGGGGUUAGCACUUGACCAAGACGCCGAGCAGCUUGCGACCGAGUAUCUGCUGCGCGUGCAAACUAACCUGAAGAGUGGCUUUAACAGCGCAGACGCGCGGUUCAACGCGAUGUACCACAUGGAGGUCCGCAUGCGCAACACGCCCGAGAAGGUGGGCCAAAUGGACCUCCUGAAGAAGACGGUUGCGUCUGUAGAUGCCGCGACUUCCUUCAGCAAUAAGUUUGAGCUAGGCCGCCACAUUUCUGAGGGCGAGCGUGUUGCAUGGAGAGAGGCAUUACACAAAGAUCUGGCCGGCCUGGUAAUCAGAACAGCCGAGGAGAAACAGCGCGUGGUCGAACGGUUGAAAGAAGCCUCUAAGUACUUGUCUCUGUCGGAAGAGAUCCAUCUGCGCCGGAAGUUCUUGAAGCCUGUAAAGCCUGAGACCGAGGCAGUCGCAGAGGCUGCCGGCAAGGGGACUGUCACCAUCAAGCGUUUCAAUUACGGGACAGGUAAAGUGGACACCAUCAUUCGGGAAAAGAAAGCUUUCUUAGCCAAGCUGUAG